UACCCACCACUUCGGCACUUACUAUAUAUACUCUCAUAAUCCUAAUCUUUUUUGUUCAUCAUCCAAUAUUACAAUUAACUCUCUAUACUCCACUCUUAAGAUUUGUUUCUUGCACAUAUACAUUUUUAAGUGUUGAAUCAUGAAGCAGCAACAAUAUCCUGCAAUGGGAUUUCCGGUGGCCGAGCCGAGUGCUCCUCCAACUAAUGGUGGUGCUGUUGGAGAGUUCUCUACUGGUCUUUGUGAUUGUUUAUCUGAUAUUCCUCUAUGUUGUUUGACAUGCUGGUGCCCCUGCAUCACCUUUGGACGUAUAGCAGAGAUUGUUGACAAAGGCUCAUCAUCAUGUGGGGUAAGUGGAGCGUUAUAUUCAUUAAUCAUGGUAGUUGCGGGAUGUCAAUGGAUAUAUUCAUGUUCAUAUCGAUCAAAGAUGAAGAAGCAAUAUGGGAUACCAGAGAACUGCUGUGCAGAUUGUUGUACUCAUUUCUGGUGUGAGUCUUGUGCAUUAUGCCAAGAGUACCGCGAGCUUGAACACUGUGGCUACGAUGUUUCCCUUGGAUGGCAUGGUAACAUGGAGAGGCAAAACCAGGGGAGGGUGGUUCCUCCACCGAUGCCGGGCGGCAUGACCCGAUAAGCUCAACACAUAUAGAACAUUUCAAGAUUAUUACAUACAUGUUCAUAUGUGAAAAAUACAUGUUCAAGAUUAUUACAUACAUGUUCAUAUGGAUGUCCUAUAUUUCGAGAAUUUGAGUGUUUUACGCCUUCAUAUCAAUGUGUAAAUUGUCAUAUCAUAGCAAAGAUUUAUGAAUAAAAACAAUGUUUCAUCGUA